AUGCCAAACAAAACUUGCCACUACAUAUACACUCUCCGCAUCCUCCAAGAACGCCUCCCCACUCUCCUCCAAUCCCCCCUCCCUCAAGAAAUUCUCUCCCCGCAAAUAACCCUCCACCUCUUCCCCUCCACGCAUCCCCAUCUCCCCACCGUCUCAGGCCGUGUCGCCUAUUCUGCCGCUCUCUGGACUUCUCCUAUCGCCUGGGGUCGUGUUCCUUUAGUUGGAAAUGUGAAGCUCGAGAUACUUUCCGAGCGGAUGAGGCAAUCACCUAGAGGAAAUGGCGAACAGUUAAUAGUACGAUGGAGAACGAUUGGCAAAACGAAGAAUAAAGGCACAGGUGGGUUCUAUAAAGGGAUUGGAGCAAGGGAAAAUGUGGAUAAGAUUACGGAGUGGUUGGGGGGUGGAAGUGGAGAGGAUGAUAGUAAGGAGUUUACCGGGCUUUUCCUCUUCGAGUUUGAUGAGGAGGGGAGGAUCUGGUCGCAUACUAUUGAGCAUGUGCAAGAAGGUGGAAAUUGGGAAAAGGGCGUUGGUGCUAAGGUGGUGGGACUGACGGAUUGGCUUUUGGGUGGGAUGAAGAAUGGGAGGGGUGAUGAGGGCGCUCCUUGCCCAGCGUUCUGGGCCGAAGAACAUGAUUUGAGAAGAAGAUGA